UUUUAAUGGAGGUUGAUUAUUGAUUUGCCCAAGUCAAACCAAAUUCAAUUUGGAAGGCUCAACCCAGAGAGGAACAAGAACAAGAACAGGAACAGGAACAGGAACAGAUUCCAAUUCAACCCCUCAAUCCCUUUUAUUCUCUGUUCUACUCUUCUUGUGUGAUCUGUCUAUCAUCUCAUCAUCUUCUAUAAUUCACCCAAAAUGAAUGGGAAAGCCAACGUCACCAAGGAGCUCAACGCCAGGCAUCGCAAGAUUUUGGAAGGGCUUCUCAAGUUACCAGAGAAUAGGGAAUGCGCCGAUUGCAAAUCUAAAGGACCAAGAUGGGCAAGUGUGAAUUUGGGCAUCUUUAUUUGUAUGCAAUGUUCUGGAAUCCACAGAAGUCUCGGGGUACAUAUCUCUAAGGUUAGAUCAGCAACGCUUGACACAUGGCUUCCUGAACAGGUUGCUUUUAUUCAUUCUAUGGGGAAUGAGAGGGCAAAUAGUUACUGGGAAUCUGAGUUACCUCCUAAUUACGAUCGAGUUGGAAUCGAGAACUUCAUUCGUGCAAAGUACGAAGAAAAGAGAUGGGUUUCAAGGGAUGGAAGAGAAAGAUCACCAUAUGUUGGGGGGGACGAAAAUACGCCUUCUAAUCAAUCAAGAAUGGAGGAGAGGAAUGGGCAUGCAUAUGUUGAUAAACCUGUAAAUGUACACGAAGAGAGGAAAAGCACAUUACCUACCAGUAAUAGGGAGGCUAGAUCAGCGGGAAGAAUAAGCAUCCCAUCUCCUCCCAAAGGAAUAGAACAAUCUUGUAUGGUUUUACAACAGGCUGCUCCAGCUCCCUCGUCCCAACCUGAAAUCCCAAAACUUGAAGCAACACAAGAUUCAGACGUGAAUAAGCAGGUGGCUAACGCACCUUCAGCUGCCUGUCCUCCCAAAGUUGAUUUUGCUGCUGAUCUUUUCAACUUACUAUCCAUGGACAACCCUAGUGAAAGUCCUUCUGGAAGUGCAAAUAAUAAUGAUAAUGAUUGGGCAGGAUUCCAGGCUGCUGGCCCAACAUCUAUAUCUGAGAACGCUGAUGCAAAGAAGGAUGUUGAUAGUGUCAAGAAAUUUGGUUCCGGAAUUGAAGAUCUAUUCAGUGAUUCUUCAGCGCCCACUACUUCAGUUUUGCAGCCACAGAAAGAUGCGAAAUCAGAUAUUAUGAGUCUUUUUGAGAAGUCCAAUAUAGUAUCACCAUUUGCUGUUCAUCAACAGCAACUAGCAAUGCUAGCACAGCAACAGAGUCUUCUUAUGGCCGCAGCCGCUCAUGUGGCUAACGGGGCUUCAAAGUCACCCAUCAAUAUGCAACAACCUGGAUUGAACGGCACCAAUAUGCCAGCUCAAAACUGGCCGAAUCUUGGGUAUCAAUUUCCUGGGUUAACUACACCAACAGCUGGCCAGAAUGAAUUGCAAAAAGUAGCUCAGCAGUUGGGGACGUCUCAAUCAAUGCAGACAGCUGGGAUUUCUCCCUCUUUCCCAGCAAUGAGUUUCUAUCCUAUGGUUCAAGCCAUGCCUGUGAAUGGGGCAGCUGCUGCUGAAACAAGUAAAAAUUCUGCAGCAUCUGCAAUUUCGACAGGGACUUCGACUCAAAAGACAAAUGAUUAUGACUUCUCGGCGUUAACACAAGGAUUGUUUACAAAGCGAUAAUGCUACCCUUGGAAUAGCUUGUGUUCCAAGUGUGUCCUAAUUAGGACCGGAUAUGUCGAUGGGAGAUGCGAGUUGACAACCUUUUCUCUGCCAUUGGUUACUAUUUAGCCUAUCCAUAGGCAGUUUUCAACUAUAUGGGAUGGCUCUUUUAUAUGCUUUGAGCUUGAGAUGUAAUUUUUUUUCUCUUCUUUUACUUGGGAUCAAUUGAGAUAUCAUUUGUAAUUGUAUUUUAAUGUUUAAACUCUCCAUUAAUUAAUACUUGCAUAUAAAAAUACUUAUAUAAAACUUCACAAGAAUGUUUUAUUCUAUUUAUCUAGGAUAAUUAAAAUUAAAAGUUUCAACUUUGAGUGUCUGAAAUUUAAAAUUUUUCAACUUUAGUACUCCAUUCUAUUCACCUUAAGAGUCCCAUUUGACUUUGCACGAAUUUUAAGGAGAGUCAAAAGUGGGACCCUAAGGGUAGGAAAGAGAGUGGUAUUAUGCAUUUUUAAUGUAAGGGAGGAAAAUUAAUAUGGGUAAUGGAGAGUAUAAUUGAAAAUAGGAUAAAGCUACUAAGGGCAUAAAAGUCAAAAACCCAUACCAAAAAUAGAAAUGAGACAAUUAAGGUGACUUGAAUAUAAAAGGAAAUGAGACAUA